AUAACCAGGCACUGUACAUCACUUCCAGGAAUAACUUCCUCAAAGAGAUGAAGAUCAUGUCACGGCUGAAGGACCCCAACAUUAUCCGGCUUCUCGGAAUCUGUAUCCGUGACGACCCACUCUGCAUGGUCACCGAGUACAUGGAAAAUGGGGACCUGAACCAGUUCCUAUCCCAGCGGGAGCUGGAAAACCACUUCACCCUGGCAAAGAACAUCCCUAGUGUCAGCUACCGGUGCCUUUUGCACAUGAUGACCCAGGUAUCCUCAGGCAUGAAAUAUCUCUCCUCACUUAAUGUCGUACACCGAGACCUUGCCACUCGUAACUGCCUGGUGGGGAACCGCUGCACUAUCAAGAUAGCUGAUUUUGGCAUGAGCCGCAAUUUGUAUAGUGGUGACUACUACCGGAUCCAGGGCCGUGCUGUACUGCCCAUCCGCUGGAUGGCGUGGGAAAGUAUCCUGCUGGGAAAAUUCACCACAGCCAGUGAUGUCUGGGCCUUUGGAGUUACAAUGUGGGAGAUGUUCACCUUCUGUAAGGAACAGCCAUACUCUCAGCAGUCUGAUGAGCAGAUCAUUGAGAAUACAGGCGAAUUCUUCCGAAAUCAGGGGCGACAGAUCUACCUGUCACAGCCAACUGUGUGUCCGAAACAGAUCUUUGAUUUAAUGCUUCUCUGCUGGAGUAGAGACAUCAAGGACAGGCCCAGCUUUCAGCAGAUCCACCACUUCCUGCAGCAGCAGUUUGUCAACGCGGCCUAGUGGUUACAGACGGGGACGGACCUGUGUCUACUUGCUGAUGUGAUGGUUGCUGCUGUCGUGCCAUGCUUCUGUAUGCCAAUGAACGACUCAGCCUCUUGGCCUUCCUGCCAUUUCUGCAGUAGAAUUGGCCCGUGGCGACUGUUCGUGUGAUGAGCGCGUUUUUUUCUGUCUCACGCCUCUCAACUGACCAGCAUUUCCUGGCCAUCAAGUUGUCCGCUGACCCGUGACAGUUCCCCUUUGUGUGGGGAACCGGUGCCAGGGGCUGCAAGCAACUACACAAUGAGGUGGCUUCCAAGGCUCUGAGAAUGCAGGAGAGGCCAAGGUUGGGAGAGCCUGCAAGGCCUGACACUUGAAUUCCCAGAGACGUGCACAAGGCCAAAGCUUGAAUACACGAGACGACUUUUCUCUAUCAUUCCCUGUGGCAAUUACGAGCACAGCUUUCUUUGUUCAGUCAUUGCUUCCGCAGACUGGAGUUAUGGUACGCAAAGGCAACGCUAACAACUGGGCCGAGAAGCCCAGGCAGAGGGGAGGGAGGUGACUUUGCGGUACGUCAGAAUGUAGGCACCACCCUAUGAACUCUGAGGAGAUUACAACCAGCAGAAAAUGAGAGCAACAAUGUACUGUGGUAACUGUGUUUUAAGGUUACAAUGGCUUGUAGGUUAAAUGUGAUGGACCACUGUGCAACGUACAGUGACCCCCAUUUAGACCGGAUUGAAUGCUGCAUUUGCCCUGUUAAACCACCCCCCCGGACUGAGAGUUGUAAACACCUUCCCCAGCCCACUUGCAGCAGGCAAGCUGUAUCUACCCACUUACAUCAGAGUAGGCAAUAUAUUCCCCAGGAUCGGGGGCUUUCUACACUGCGCCCCCCCCUCCAAUUACCCCUGGACUGCGUACUGUAUCCACCCCCCUACAUCAGAGUAGGCAAUAUGUUCCCCAGGAUCGGGGGCUUUCUCCACUACCCACACCACCCCCCUCCCCUCCAUUACCCCUGGAUUGUGCACUGUAUCCACCCACUCCCACAGAAAAAGUACUGUAUCCCCGAUUAUAGAGUGCACUACAUCCCCUCUCCCCACCAGAGCUGGGUGCUAUAUGUGCCCUGUCCCCCAACCUGGAGCUGGGUGCUGUAUCUGCACCUUCCCAUCCCACCCCCAUCCAGAGCUGGGUGCUGUGUCUGCACCGCACCCCCCCAACCCACAGCUGGGUGCUGUAACCCCCUAGCUGGCCAACAUUUCUGCAGACACUGGAUGCAUGUUGUUUAUCUAUGUUGAUGUGACAUGGUCUCAGUGCUCGGUGAUUAUCCCUGGCUCCUUCAUGUUGCCAUCUCUUCUCCAGCUUGGAGCUGCACAGGAGGCUGAGGGUGACCACAUGCUCAUCAUUUCAUUGGCUUGUCGCCCAGAAAAACUUCCAGGAGUCAUGGACUUUGGGGGGAGAUGAAGCAAAUGCCCAGAAUGUGGGUCAGGUGGGAACAUUAAAGGAUCCGGGGGGUGGAUGGGAGGUAUGAUCCAGGGGCAUGGAGGAAGGCAGGUUUGAAUCAAGGCUGGGUACCUGAUCUGAGGAGAUGGUGCAGUGUGCAGGUCUGGUUCAUGUGGGGAAUUACUGAACGUCUGUUCCUUCCCCACCACCCCUACAAUCACCCUUGUCCUACCCUCCCCCAUGGGUGUGAGGCUAUAUGGAGUGGGGAGAUGGGGCAGAUAGAAAGUGAGGUACUGGGGGAAGGAUGGGGCUCAGCACAGAGGGUGGGAAUUGGGGAUCGGUGCAGAGGGGAUUGGGGGUCAGGUGUCAAUGCGGAGAGGGUGUGACUGAUGGUGCGGAGGGGUUUAGGGUUGGGGGUCAGGUGUCAGUGCUGAAGGGGUUGGGGGUUGGGUGUCAGUGCAGAGGGUGGGUGGGGUCAGGUGCCAGUGCGGACGGUGGGGUGGGGUUCAGGUGUUAGUGCGGAGGUGGUAGGGGCUGAUAUAGUGUGGAGCUGGAGGAACACAGCAGGUCAGGCAGCAUCAGAGAAGCUGGAAAGUCAACUUUUCGGGCCUAGACCCUUCAUCAGGACAGGAGGUGGUAGGGGAUUAGGUGUCAGUGUGGAAGGGAUCAUUGGAGAUUGAUAUUUAGUGCAUUGGGGUUCAUUGGGGAGUGGAGUUCCAGGUUUUAUGUGAUCCUUUUGGGGGUGGGGCGGGGUAGCUGAUUGGUGCUGUGCUUCCAUAUGCAGCUGAUUGUGUCAGAGAGGCGACUCGCUAAUGUGCGAGUUUAUUAAGGCGAGUUCCUGGGCAGUGAUAACAUUAUAGUAAUCCAUGAGGGUGAGGUCUAAGAGAAGGGACUAGAAUGAAAUGUUUAAUGCCAGUGAGAAGUAAAUUCACUUUUUCAUUGAAAUUAAUUUUAAUCCUUUUUGAGUUUUAACCAUCUUUGAAUUUCACUCAGCGUUGGGGCUAUGUUAACUCAUCUGCCAGACUGAGUGUGGAGAUGAUUUAAUCCCUCCCAGUCCUCAGUAAAACACCGUGUGAACAUGAUCCCAUCGCAUCUUUUGUGAAGGAGCUAGUCACUCUUGGCUCAAACCAUGGAGUUUGAAAUGUGAAUUGCAAAUUUGUACAGUAAUAUAUCAACAUUGUUGGGACAGUUCCUACAGAAUUCUCACUGCCUCUGAUCUCUGAAGCGAAUCAAAUAAAAAUUAAUUUUCAACACAUAAA